GAUCUUUUCCGGGUCGAGAAAUUAGCACAUCCAUGAAUGUGAGCUAGCGGGCCCGAAUUGUUCACUUAAAAAGUCUCCGAAGACGAUAUAAUCGGACAUUUAAACACUUCCAGCACAGAACUUCCCCGUGUAUCGUUCUGUAACCAUAUGACACAGCAAUGCCGGGGCUCAGCUGUCGAUUUUACCAGCACCGGUUCCCAGAGGUGGAGGAUGUUGUGAUGGUGAACGUGAGGUCCAUCGCCGAGAUGGGCGCCUACGUCAGCCUUUUGGAGUACAACAACAUCGAGGGCAUGAUCCUCCUGAGCGAACUGUCACGUCGACGUAUCCGCUCCAUCAACAAGCUCAUCCGCAUAGGCCGCAACGAGUGCGUGGUCGUCAUCCGUGUAGACAAAGAGAAGGGAUACAUUGAUUUAUCAAAAAGAAGAGUUUCUCCAGAGGAGGCCAUCAAGUGUGAAGAUAAAUUCACCAAAUCUAAAACUGUGUACAGCAUCCUGCGACACGUGGCAGAGGUGCUGGAGUACAGUAAGGACGAGCAGCUAGAGAGUUUGUACCAGCGCACCGCCUGGGUCUUCGAUGAGAAAUACAAGCGGCCGGGAUACGGAGCGUACGACGUCUUCAAGCAGGCUGUAUCAGAUCCUGCCAUUCUGGAUGGCCUGGACUUAACCGAGGAAGAGAGGAGCGUGCUCAUCGAUAACAUCAACAGGCGACUCACUCCGCAGGCUGUCAAAAUCAGAGCAGACAUCGAAGUGGCGUGCUACGGGUACGAGGGCAUCGAUGCAGUGAAGGACGCUCUGAGGGCGGGGCUUAACUGCUCCACAGAGGCCAUGCCCAUUAAGAUCAACCUAAUCGCUCCCCCUCGCUACGUGAUGACAACGACCACUCUGGAGCGUACAGAGGGCCUGUCUGUCCUCAACCAGGCCAUGGCUGCUAUCAAGGAGAAGAUAGAGGAGAAGAGGGGUGUCUUUAACAUCCAGAUGGAGCCAAAGGUGGUUACGGACACAGAUGAGACGGAGCUCGCCCGGCAGCUCGAGAGGCUAGAGCGAGAGAACGCUGAGGUGGACGGAGACGACGACGCCGAGGAGAUGGAGGCCAAAACGGAGGACUAGAGUCUGUCCAGGGGUGGCGGUGGAAGGGGGAGGGGCAUCCAAGGAGAUAUGUGGACUGACCUGGCCUCAGUCAGUCAGUCAGUCCAACAGAUGUUAACUUUCACAUUGCAAACAUUAACUGGUGUUAAUAGUUCAUUGGCAAACAUCCCAGAGUGUUGAUUGAGGGUCUGUUUCAGGAGAUGGCAUCACAAAAAAAAGCUGUCUUCUUAUCCAGACAUGGACACAAGAAAAGUUAAAAUACAAAUUAAACAUCAGUAUAGUUUCUAUUUUCAAGUACACCAAUUUGAAUAAACAAUAACUCCAAAACAGCUGUUUACAAGCAGUGGCCUUCACUUACCUCUUGCUUUAAGAGCCCAGUGUGUUCAGUAUCCAUGGCGCUUCAUCUCUGGCUGGUCACUGGAUGCGAUUGGUUAAAGAGGAAAACGCGUAAGCUCGUCCGUCUCAACACCAGUCACCUGUGAGUUUGUGUGCUGUUUUCUCUUCUAAUUAAAGGGUUUUUACUGGCAAGACCUUUUCUUGCUUAGCUCACAUGGCAUCAAUAAAGUUCUGGAAGGUUUGA